AUGAAUACAGUGCUGAGGAAGCCCUCAUUCUCCGAGGGCAAAACUCCGAACAAAGUCCCGGAACCCGGCUCCUCAUCUUAUCUUCGAGGCCCUCACAAUAGUGGGAAUAUGGAUCCCUUUUCGCCAGUCAACGAGAAUGGAAGCUUCGAAUUCGAUCGAGUCUUGAAAACGGGAAGAGUCUCUCGCCGAGUCAAGCACAAACAUGUCUUUCGCGCCUCAUGGAAACCCGCCUACCUCGUCCUCCGGCCGAACCUCCUUUCCGUAUACAAAGACGAGGAAACCACCCGCCUCCGAGUCUCCAUUCCCCUCUCUGAAGUGACUGCCGUCGCGCCUGUCAAGUCUCCGCGAUCAACUCGGCGUCAUGUAUUCGGUGUCUUUACCCCAUCUACGAACUACCGCUUCGAAGCCCUGACCGAACGAGAUGCCGAGGACUGGAUCGAUCGCAUUCGUGCCGUCACUCCGGGCGACGAGGACGAGCAAGCUUUCCUGGGUUGGACCAAAAAUCGCGAACCCUCCACCAAUACAAAUCAACUCGUUGACGAGACACCGGAUCACUCCGAUUUUGACCAUACUGGCCGCGCCAGCUCUCCCGAGCCACGCCAUGUCUUAUCCCCACGCAGCAAAAAUGCCCAGAGACUCCCUUACAUCCAGGAUUACUCGGGCAACGACAUGACUUCAUAUUCAGAGUUUUCCGAUGGACCUGCCCCAGCACGCAACAACCACCUACGAUCCAUGCGCUCCAUUCAUUCACUGUCCGUUUCAGCACCAGAGGACAAAUCAGCACCUCAGCCGUCAACAUCUCUACCCCGAGACACCAACAAACAAACAGACCUGGGCAUCUUGCGCGACCCAGAGCGGGUCGUCUGUCAGGGGUACCUGCAGGGGCUGCGCAUCCAAGGAACCGUGCGCCAGUGGAAACGACUCUGGGUUGUACUUCGACCCAAUAGUCUGGCCUUUUACAAGGAUGAAGCGGAGUACACUGCCAUCAAGAUCAUUCCCAUGUCUCAAGUAUUUGAUGCCGCAGAGGUGGACCCUUUGUCAAAAUCAAAGAAGUUCUGCAUGCAGAUCAUCGCCGAAGAAAAGACCUAUCGACUUUGCGCUCCAGAGGAAGAGUCCCUCGCGCGCUGGCUGGGCUCUUUAAAAAGCAUUCUCGCUGCGCGUAGGAGAUUGGAUCCCGCUCCGGGCACUACUGCAUAG